AUAAAAAAUCUUUUAGAUAAUUCUAAAUGUUAUGAAAUAUAAUUUGCAAUUGGCUUAAACAUUUAAUUAUUAGAAUUUGCCUAAAAAAUGUUUAAUUGUAAACUAAAAUAUGCUUAAGAUAUUGUUAAAUAUGACUUUCAAUCUGAAAUAGGUGUUGUAAACCAUCUUGAGGAAAAAACUUUAUCAGAAUUAUUAAAAAUAUUUAACAAUAAUUUAUCUAGUAUUGUCAUAACUAAUGGUUUAAUAAGUCUUCCUUAGUAUAUUUUAUACACUGAAUUUUACAAAAAGGAUACUAGUUGUGGAAAAAUGGAGACUAUAAGAAUGCUUGGUAAGACAUAUGAAGAAUGUAAAUUAUGUUCAGGUACUUAUUUUUCAACAAUAGACCCUGAAUCCUAAAAACUGCUAAAUAAGAAUCCCAAUGUUGAGUUUUUAGAGGAAUAAUAGUUAUUUACAAUUAAAUAAGCUGAGACAUUAAACAAAAUAAUCAUCUAAUCCUUCUAAUUACUCUGGAAUUGUAACAAUUAAGACGACUAACUAGAAGUAAACGGCAUUUUUGACGAAAAAAACUUCUUAAAAUUACUCUAAUCACCUGAAGAGGGUUUCAAAAACAACUGUAUGAGAUGCACAGACAAAUAUUGUAGUAAAUGUACAACAGAUUUCGAAACAUGUCUUGUUUGUAAGGACGAUUUCCGUCUAUAGAGCGGCGUUUGUACAAAAUGUAAUCUUCCUUAUUGCGUUUAAUGCACCGAAAAAGAAUUAACAGGCGGAGAAAAGGCAGAAAUCUGCUAAUAAUGUGCCAAAAAAUAUGUAUUACACUUAAAUUAAUGUAUAAAAACCUGCCCCGAAGGCUUCAUAUAAACCACUAAAACAUGUCUAUAAUGUAAACCAGGCCAAUACAAUAACGAGGUAAAAUGCUUAGACUGUUCAGAUAAAUGUAAAACAUGUACAGGUCCCUAACCCUGGUAAUGUACUAAAUGCUUUGCAAUAUUUCUAUUUGUACCUGGUGAAGGCUGUAAAGAAUGUCCUUAAGGAAUGGAUUGCGAGACUGAGAAAUGCUUAUAGAGAUAAUACAGGUAGUAUGAUUAUCCUUAUGAAUGCGGUUAAUGCCAUAAAACAUGUUCAGAAUGCAAAUUGGGUAAUACAAUUGAGGACUGUAUUUCAUGCAAAAAUAAUUUCAUAUUAAAAAAUGUAAAAAGUGAUGGCAGAGGUUAAUGUAAAAAUCCAUCCGAUAAACCUAGACACUUCCUUGAUUAGGAAACUAAUACACUGAAGCCAUGCUUUUUCACAUGUAUGGAUUGUAUUGAUAAUAGUGAUUUAUGUGUUUAAUGUUCUCCAGAAAUGAACUAUUAUGUGUCUCAUGAAGGUGGUGAUCGUUUUAAAUGCUAUAAUAAAUGUCCUUAAGGCUAUAUAUCCGCAAACGAUGGCGAAUUGACAUAUGAACCAACUGAAUGCAUAAAAUAGGAAAAACAAAAAGAUGCUGAAACUGAUGAACUUGAGAUAGAUUUUGGCCUUGAUUUUAAUUAAGACGAAGGAGUAUAAGCUGAUGAUGGCUAAGCUGUAGAAUGUCCACCUUCAUAAUAUUAUGAUGCCGAAUAAUAAGAUUGUUUUUUGUGUCCUUCUAACUGUCAAAUAUGUGGUUCAUCUGAUUGGUGUGACUUAUGUAUAGAAGGUAAUUAUUGGAACUAAAAAUUACAAUAAUGUGAUUUAUGUCAUCCUUCAUGUUCUAAAUGCAAAGGAAGUGCCUAUACAGACUGUAUUUAAUGUACUGAUGAGACUUAAAUUUUCCCAGAUGAAAACGGACUUUGUAGUUAGAGUUCCUCUGAUUUACCGGAAACUGAUUUUUCUAUUUUUAUUUCUUAAAAAUAAAUGUUCCUAAAUCUAUCAGAAUGCUAGAAACUCUUUACUUUAAAUAAUGAAUAAAACUAUAAAGUUGCUUUCAAAAAUAUCUUUACUUUAUAAGAUGCAAAAUGGAAUUCUUUACCUUUAUUAAACGAAGAAUUAUGCAAAGUGGAAAAUUUCAAAAAACGUUACUUAAAAUUUGGUGACUAAAUCGACAAAUGUACCUUUACAGAUAUAAAUAAGCCAGUCAUGGGUUAGAAAGGAAGUUUAUUAACCAUUUUUGCAAUAAUUUUGUCUCAAUUUGAUGUAAAAAUAGAAACUAAGCCUGUAGAUCCUUCCAAUUUACUUGAAUAUUUAUUAAAAAAUAAGCUUGCGUAUCCCUAUCACAUUAAAAAAGUUGACAAUAAAUUCUCUUGCGCAUUAUUAUAAUGCGAAUUUUCCAUGGAAACUUCUCUAAAUAAACUCGAAGUAAAUAAAGGUAAGACUAUAAACAUAAAAUAAAUUAAAGAAAUUCCUUUAUAAAGUGAGAAAAAAAUGCUAAACUGUUUUAAAAACAAAGAAACCUAAUUUAUAGACGAUGAUGAUAUAAAAAAAAUCGAAAAAUAAAUAAUAAGUUCUCAAUAGUCUUUAGAAUCAAAAAAUAAGCAAUUUAUAGUAUUUGAUGUUUGUGGAUAAAAAGUUGGAAAAUAAGAAAUUUACUAAUAACAAUAUCUAGUUUAAAAUUAUUUAGGGAAUGGAUUUUACGAUGUUGUUUCUCCAUAUGAUGAUUCGAAUUAAAUUAUCUAUAUUUAUGGUGUAAUAAAAGAAUAAAACUUAUAUCUAAAAAGAUGUAAUUCUGAUUAUAAAAACAGUUUCGAUUCUUAUGUAGUAAGUAACAUUCGUAUAUUCCAAGUCGACGAAUUCGAUUCAAACAUAGACAAAACCAAAUCUUUAGAAGAAUAAUUUGAAAAAGAAUCUCCUUAAGAGACAAUAAAUUUACUAGAAAAAUGCUAAUGUGAAUCAUAUAAAAUAGUAAUAAAAAAAAAUGAAGGAAUAAUGUAAUAAUAUUUACGUAAAAUAUCCAAAAACGGUAGAAUAAUAUCUUAAAAAACAUCACCUAAUUCAAUUAAGCAUAUUCUUGCAAAGCAUAAACUCGAUCCUGAAGUAAUGUUAAAAAAAAAGACUGUAUUAACCGAAUAAUAAGCUGAUUUAAUCUUCGAGGAUAUGUUAGAAGAAACUAAAUUAAAAGCAUAAGAAUGUUAUUAAUAUAAAGAUGGAGAACACCCCUAAUGUAUCAUAAAUGUACUAAUGGAUAUAGUCUUUUCUAAUUCAAAUAAUUGCGUAGAUUACUCUAAACCUUAAAUGCCUAAAAUUUUGGAAUCCAAAAAUUAUUUGAAGCUUUAAAAUUUACUCGAAAAUACUAAUUGGUGUAAAGUUAAUAAGAAAAGAUGUAAAUUUCAUACAUAGAUUAUUUAAGGAUGUCAAAAUGAAAUUACUGUAAGUUGAAAAAAAUGGAAUUUUAUAUGUUUUUAUUUAUUAUAAAUA